AGGCAUGUCUUGGUUGCGUAGCGCCGAUCAUCCGGUGAACUUCCAUGACCGAACCGUUCACAUCCGUGAUCGGAACGGAGUGUUAAUCCCAUAUACGGUCGCGACCCCUCACACUUCGAUUGCUUGUCACGUGGUUUCCGUUGCGCGGAUUCGCGACGCCAUUGCUCGGAAUGACGUCGAGGAGAUGGGCCUUGUAUUCUUGCAUGCUCUYCCCUCGCCGGACGGACCAGCCGUGUCACCACCGGACCCACGGAUUUCUCACCUCUUGGACGAGUAUAGAGACGUCUUCGAGGCUCCCACCGGAACGGUUCCGGAUCGGCCCAUACGUCACGGGAUCACUCUCGAGGCUGGCGCCGUCCCUCCGCGUGGAUGUAUCUACCGCAUGAGCGAAGAGGAACUCGAGGUGCUUCGCGCACAACUCGAUGAUCUUCUCGACAAGGGCUGGAUUCGCCCUAGUUGCUCGCCAUACGGUGCACCUAUUCUCUUCGUCCGGAAGAAGAACAAAGAUCUACAGUUAUGCAUCGACUAUCGGAAACUUAACGCACAAACCGUAAAGAACGCCGGCCCUCUCCCUCGGAUUGAUGAUCUCCUUGAGCGGUUAGGCGGCGCAAUGUACUUCUCGAAGUUGGAUCUGAAGUCAGGUUACCACCAGAUUGAAAUCCAGCCUCAAGACCGGUACAUGACCGCGUUCAAGACGCGGUAUGGGCAUUUUGAGUGGGUUGUCAUGCCAUUUGGCCUCACCAAUGCCCCCGCUACGUUUCAAGCAGCAAUGAUGACUGAGUUUCGCGACUUGCUCGAUCGCAGCAUCCUCAUUUACCUUGAUGAUAUUUUGGUCUACAGCAGGACGUUGGACGAGCAUAUCAUACACCUUCGUAUUGUCUUGAAUCGUUUGCGACUAGCCAAGUACAAAGCGAAUCUCAACAAAUGCGAAUUCGCCAAGCAAGAGCUUGAGUACUUGGGCCAUUUUGUCACGCCAAAAGGCAUUCGUCCCUUAGCGGACAAGAUCCAAGCCAUCGUGGAUUGGCCGGAACCCCGUUGCACGACGCAUGUACGCUCUUUCAUGGGAUUGGAUGGAUAUUAUCAGCGUUUCGUCGAGUCAUACUCGAAAGUGGCCGCUCCUUUGUCGAGACUUCAGUCCCCGAAGGUGCCCUUCGAGUUCGACGACGCAGCCCRUGGCGCGUUCACUACGUUGAAGGCAGCGAUGCAAGCCGCACCUGCCCUCCGUACAUAUGACCCGACCCUACCCACCCAAGUGACUAAGGACGCUUCGGGAUACGGUAUUGGUGCGGUGUUGGAACAGUGUCACGAGGACGGUUGGCAUCCGGUUGAGUACUUCUCCCAGAAGGUGCCUCUCGUCAACACUCUUGAUGACGCUAGGAAGAAAGARCUACUCGCGUUCGUCACCGUCCUCAAACGGUGGCGCCACUUUCUUCUCGGCCGUCGGCGUUUUAAAUGGAAUACGGAUAGCAAUCCGUUGACAUUUUACAAAACGCAGGACACGGUCACUA